CAAAUUAAACAAUAAAUACACAAAUAAUAUAAUAAAACAAAUUAAACAUAAAAAAAGGAGUAGAUAGUUUUCGACAGCAGCAUUAACUGCAUUAAAUGAGAUGUCUAAAAUAAGAAUAUUUGAGAGAGAAUGUCAGGCAACUUGCUGCCCACAACUUGCUGCCCACGUUUUUUUUUUUUUUUACAUGUAGGGAUAGAUAUAACAAUCACUUUCACCCCUAUCACACUCAAGCUUUCCAAAGAGUUCACACUCAGUUUUCCAAAGAUUUCGCAUAGGAUAGAUGAAGGAGAGUUGCAGACAAUUUAAGAUCAAGUCCCCCACAUGCAACAACACUUCGUCCCCACAUCAAAAAGGCUAUCUCCGUGAGUUAAGGGUGGAGUCAGGAAAAUUCAAGUUAAAGAAACUAAACGAACAAGAUGAUGAAGACGAAGAUGAGGAGGGUAUAGAUGAUGAAAACAAGAUGAAGAGGACAUUUCCGAGCGCAGAAGCUAAAGAAGUUGAAGUUAUUGCGAGAAAAAUCUCAAGGCGAAGCCCCUUAUGCUGUGAGGGUGGAGAGAAACCGCUCAACUUGUUUCAUCGGCACGCAGCAAGCUGGCUGAGGUGGGUGGUGCCUACCAAGUUCUAUAAUUGGAUAAACGUUAAUUUUUUUUUUAUGUUUAAAAUUCUAAUUUAAUCCUAUUUAUGUGUCCUCUUAUAUUCGUAUAUUUAUUUUUGUUGAAAUUUGAAA